AUGUCUUUAAACGGACUGGAUGUGCCAGAAGUGCAGCAGGCCUACCAGGCCACCUUGAGUGAGGCUGGUGGGUGGAUUCUGGUCAAAUACAUCUCUCGCGACGAGGUCGCUCUGCUUGGUUCUGGAAAGGCAGGCCUGAGCGAAGCAAGAAACGCCAUUCUGCAGUAUGAAGAAUUGUCGCCUCUGUAUGGGCUGAUAGUCUACCGGCGCCGAAAAGUGCUCGUCAAAUAUGUGCCCGAGGGAACAUCGCGGUUAUUGCAAGCAGUACACCUCCGGGAGGUCGAGGACCGAUGGGCGCCGUACGAGACGAUGCUCGAGAUUGAGACGGCUGAUGAGCUGAACGACACGGCUCUGGCAGCGGCCUUUCCUCUACACACCGCCUCGCCCGCACUGUCCAACAAUCAAUUCUCUCUGAAUGAGAUCACUGAAGACAACGAGGAUGUCGACGGCACUCCCAAGCCGCUGACCCACACUCCGUCCAUAUCGUCGGUGUCGAGCCGGAAGCCGACGCUUGAAAAGCGACCCCCGUCCCAGCGUUCCUACCGCGCCCCUUCCUUCACGAGUGCCCAAUCCGCCGGCGACCUUUCGCCUGUCGUGAAGCACAAGUCAUCGCUGUCACAGUUUCUGGUCCGGGAAGAGCUAGGCCACAAGUUAGUUACACAACUGGAUGGACAUUCGGGGACCGAAGAUAGCGUCUCGAUCAAAGACGACGCAGCCUCGAUACGCAGCAGCCGUACCGAGUCGGCCGUCCCAUUGACUUCUCCCACGCGGACACAUGCCAAUGAGUCGGCUGAUUACGAUUUGGAAAGAUAUCUUGAUUCGUUCUUCAAGCCAAAGAUCAAGCUUGGUCCGCGUCCGGUCAACGUCGUCGAGAAAGGCAAGCACACGCCGGCGUCUGCUCCCGUGUCGAGCCUUCCUGCUGGAAUCCAGUUUAGAGCAAAACAGCCUCUGUCGCACCCACAGCCGCAAUAUCCCGCCAACCGUAAUCGUCUUUCUGAGAACGCCCCUACGGGCAUUUCAGCGCCGCCGAGGCUGCCCUCCCUUCACUUCUCUCCUCAGAUUCCUGAUAUUCCCGAGUUUCUGCCACCACGGCCCAAUUCAAGAGGCAGCUCUCGCUCUUUGCCAGCUCCGCGUGCAUCCAAGGCAUAUUUGACCCCUGAGAAGCAGCGCCUCAUGAAAGCACUCGAGAUGAGAAAGAAGCAGAUGAGGAACACUCCAUCUGUAGAAUCAAUGCCGCGUUUGUCCGCUGCCCAGAUCGUCAGUCCAACGACUGUCGACUCGAGCCAAACUGAGGCACGAGAGCUGCACCGUGAGGCGGGAUCCAACAAAGCUGACUCUGGUAUUGACAUCGCGCACACGCCUAUUACCAAGGAGUUCGCACCUUCAAUUUUGCAAGAGGACUUACAUCCGGUAGCUGAGGCACCUACGGGACAAUCUGAUGACCUUCCAAACGCAGAAGAACACCAGGAAAAUACUUCCCCAUCAGCCCUUACUGAACUAUCCGCCAUGCACGGAACAUUGGACAGCACGACCUCGGACAAGACAGCGUUGACGCCAAAAUCUUUUGAGCCAGAACAUCCAUCAAAGGCCGGCGAAACUGAACUUCCUAUUCACAACCAGGAACAUAUUGCUGCGCACGGACCAGCCACAAAGGCAGAAGAACCUACAGACUCACUUGUUGAUGGCGCUGUCACUGAAGCUCCAAAUCAUACUUCGUCCGACAACUUGGUAGCAGUACAAGAGCCUGAGGAGUUGCUUGUUCCAACGAUCUCUGAUUACCAAACCCAGCCAGAGGCACAGGAACCAGCUUCUAAUUUUGCGCCCGAGGACCCUGAGGAGCGUGACAGAUUUGAGCCAGAAAUCGAGACCAGCUCUGAAGAUCCGCAGAAGAAGCGCCGCAGAGGUUUGCUGGAGCCCCUACAAGUUCAAGUACGCCUCGAACGCCACACCUCUGAGCACAAAUUCCUUGCAGACGACGACUUCAUGGACGAACUACAGACUGCUACUUUCGAACAGGCCACCCCUGUCGCCAUGUCAAAGUCUCCUGCGAGUCCUUUCUUCCCUCCAAGGCGCCCAAGCUCACGAUCGGCUAAAUCAUCCAACUCGGUUACUACAGCAGUUUCUACAGAAUCUGUACCCCUCGUACCUUCUGUCAGUGACACUUUGGAAAAGCGUCAAUUCGCCCCUGAAUUGCUGGUACCUUCAUCUGAGCCGCAGUCUGGUCUUCCAACUAGAACUCCAUCGAUUUCCUCGGUGAAAACGACAGAUUCUGGUUCCCUUAUGCGUAAAUCGAAUGUGUCUUCUGGUAUUUCUGCAAGAAUUGCCGCCCUCGCCGAAAAGUCGACUCGUGAUGGAAGUCCUCCAGUGGUCCCCGAAUCCCGCAAGUUGUCUGCUAGUUCGACUAUCGCACAACGCAAGAGCUCGUACAUCGAACAAUCAGUUGAGGGCCAAGCUAUUGGUGGUGCUGAGAGACGACACGUGGGUAAAUUGUCCGUUUGGCCCGCUGCUACACCAUCCAACCCGUCGAGCUCAAAGACCAGAAAUGCACAGUCGAAUAAUCGUGAUUCUAUCUCAGUCACUGCACGCAUCGUCCGUGUCCCACGGGCAGGAGAGCCGGCCAACGCAUCCGAACUCCAGGCUUCACCUCUUCUGUUCAACCACGAGCGUUCUGCACAGGCUAACAACCACAACCCUCUCAUUUCCACCAAAACCUCCUCUAAACCUGCUCAGGGAGAGAAUGACAGUGUUAUGUCCCCACACAGCAGAGAUGGUAUAGCAUCGCGCGGCUCAGUCGAAAUCAGCGCCACAGGCAGGCGCAAAUCAUUCGAUCGCAAGUCCUUCAAGAGUCUGAAUGCACCGACGAGCCCGAAGAAAAACACUUUAAAGCAAGUCACGACGAUGCCACCGCUCGACACUAAUCUCGAUAAAACUAGUCGCACUAGUCGAUUCUUCAAGCGUAUCUCUCAUCUUGGUAAGGACAAGAAGAAGAGCGCUCCUCAAGUGCCCACAAUUACGACUACUCCUUCUGAGCCCAUGUCCCCCACGUCUGCCACCCGAUCAGGCCCAACCAGCCCCGCCGCUGUCGCUUCGGUCCCAGAACCAGUCCAGCAGUCGAAGAACGACCUUGCACCCCCGCCUGUCGCUCGCAACCCAGCAGUCGCUGCUGUUUCGGCUCCCAAGCCACGCCCAGACUCCAUUGCUGAUGUUCCCCCUCCUGUCUCGAUCGGAGACUUCAACGUGCAGUUCCCAGAUGCAAUGCUCUGGAAGCGUCGCUGGAUCCAAAUUGACAGUACUGGUCAUCUUAUUUUCACCGCGGCUGCUCGCCACAGCAGUAUUUCAAAAUCGUUCAACUCAAAGUUUCAUCUCAAGGAACUCGGGCCUCCCUUCAUCCCUGAUUUGGAUAGACAAGAGAUGCCACACAGUGUGAUCUGUGAUCUUGUACAGGGCGAGGGCUCUAUACAGUGUGCCAUGCUUACUACUUACCACCAAGCUUGGCAAGCUGCUUAA